GGGGUGGGGCUGGGGCAAAGACAAAAGGCCGGACUUGAGAAGAGGGGACCCUAGGCUGCCUCGGCUUAGAGUCUUGGGCUGACUGAGGCUGUGCCCGAAGCGAGUGGGCGUCAGGCCCCGAGGCCCGGGCGUUUGCUCCCCCUCUCCUCUCACCCCACUGAGCUGUCCCCUCAAGUUUCAGGGGAGGGGGCGGUGACUCAUAUGCUGCCCCCACCCCAGUGGGACUGCAGCAACCUGGGUAGGACCUCGGCGCUCCUCCUCCCAGCCUGCCCGCCUCCCGCCUCCGCACAGUCCUCCCGGGGCAGCCUCCCGCGCGGCUCUCUUCGGAAACUCCUGCUGCCUAGCGACCGACCGAGGUGGGCACUCACCCUCAGAGCAACACCUGAGUGUCCCCCAGGAUACGACCCCACCCCAUCCGUGACUGCGCCCUGAACCCAAGCCCCAGCUCCAUCCCAUCCUGGGGUCCCCGUGUGUCUACCUCCCCUCCUUAGUUCCUAGCUCUCAGCCGUCUGUGACAAGACUCCAGCAAGUCCCCAUGAGACAACCAUUUAUUUAAAGCUUUGUAAAAACCACACUGGCUGAUGGAUGACCUUGCCCUUGACAAGGAACUAUCUUCCUUCCGGGGAUCCCCACCUCCAGGUGGUCUUCUCUGCUCCGGAGCUCUAGAGCUGCAUUGUGAUGGAGACCCCUCUGGAAAAGGCCCUGACCACGAUGGUCACCACUUUCCACAAGUAUUCGGGGAGAGAGGGCAGCAAACUGACCCUGAGCAGGAAGGAACUGAAGGAGCUGAUCAAGGAGGAGCUGCAUCUUGGGGAGAAGAUGAAGGAGAGCAGCAUCGACCACCUGAUGAGGAGCCUGGACAAGAACAGCGACCAGGAGAUCGACUUCAAGGAGUACUCGGUGUUCCUGAGCACGCUGUGCAUGGCCUACAAUGACUUCUUCCUGGAGGACAGCAAGUGACCCGGGGCUCCCCUCUGCCCGCACCGUCGGCUCCUGCCCCCCGACAGGCCCCCUUGGCCCCUUACCCUGCACUUCCUCCCACACAGGAAAUAAAGAUUUUU